UUCUUUCUCUCCAUUCUUCUUCACCAAAAACAAAAAACAAAAAAAACUCCAAAAUCAAAUAUUUUUUGCUAAUUAUGUCAAAUUUAUUUCUUAAAUCACUUGCCUUAUUUAUUAUUUUUAUUUCUUUAGAAAGUGUUAAAUCAGAGCUUAUAGUACACAAUAAUAGAGAAUUAUUGAGUAAUUGCAAUUUAUUUCAAGGCCAAUGGGUUAUUGACCCUUCAUUUCCUCUUUACCAAUCUUCAAAUUGCCCAUUUAUUGAUCCAGAAUUUGAUUGUCAAAAAUAUGGAAGACCUGAUAAAGAGUAUCUCAAAUAUGCUUGGAAGCCUAAUUCUUGCAACUUGCCAAGAUUUGAUGGAAUUGAUUUUUUGAAAAGAUGGAAUGGAAAAAAAAUAAUGUUUGUUGGUGAUUCAUUGAGUUUAAAUAUGUGGGAAUCUUUAGCUUGUAUGUUACAUUCAUCAGUGCCAAAUGCCACCACUUCUUUUACCAGAAAAGAAUCAAUUUCUGCGGUGACUUUUCAGGAUUAUGGAGUAACUUUAUUCCUUUAUAGAACCCCAUAUUUGGUAGAUAUAGUAAGAGAAAAAAUUGGAAGAGUAUUGAAAUUGGAUUCUAUACAACAAGGUGAUGCUUGGAAAGGAAUGGAUAUGUUGAUUUUCAACUCAUGGCAUUGGUGGACUCACAAGGGAAAAUCUCAAGGAUGGGACUAUAUGCAAGAAGGCACAAAAGUGUCAAAAGAUAUGGACCGUUUGACAGCAUUUUACAAAGGCCUAACAACUUGGGCAAGAUGGGUUGAUCAAAAUGUUGAUUCUUCUAAAACCAAAGUCUUCUUCCAAGGCAUUUCUCCCACUCAUUAUAUGGGCAAAGAAUGGGGUUCAUCAACAAAGAAUUGCAAUUCAGAGCAAGUGCCACUAUCAGGAUCAACAUAUCCAGGAGGAUUACCAUCAUCUACUAUUGUUGUUAACAAAGUCUUAAGUAGUAUUAAGACACAAGUUUAUCUACUUGACAUUACAUUUUUGUCACAAUUAAGGAAAGAUGCUCAUCCAUCAGCAUAUAGUGGACAACACCCUGGUAAUGAUUGUAGUCAUUGGUGUCUUCCUGGUCUACCAGACACUUGGAACCAACUUCUUUAUGCAUCAUUGGUUAUGUAAAAUUAGAAUUUAACUUAUAUACACAGACGG